AGUGCCGCUGCGCUGAAGGCAGCUGCGUGCGGCCGGGUGAACCCGCGGUCUGAGCCAGGCUGGGGUGGCCCGACCUUUCCCGUCCAGCUUGGGUCAGAGGAAGCCGAAAGCGGCCUCGUCGAGUGGGCUCGCUCAGGGCCUCCAGCUGUCAGCCCCCGAUUUCGUGUCUGGGGGUGGCGACCCCGAUUUCUGUUUGCAUGCACAGCCAGCGGCCUGAGAGCCAGAUCCCAAAGCUGGAUAUCUUUUGACUCGGCCUCUAGCCCGGGCCUCAAAGUCUUGAGUGCGGGUGGCUGAGUGCAGGCCCAAGAGAGGCCCCAGCGCCAUGGCCGAGCGGCAGGCUGGCUCGGCGGCCGGGGACUGGGAGAUCGACGUGGAGAGCCUGGAGCUGGAGGAGAACAGUUGCGGGGCGCCGCCGUCAACGCCGCCCGGGCCCAGCCUGCCGCCGGCCGACGGGGACGGCGAGGACGAUGAGGAGGACGACGAGGAGGACGAAGACGCGGAGGAAGAGGGCGACGGCGAGGAGGCGGGCGCGUCCCCGGGGGUGCCGGUCCAGCAGGAGCACCAGGGUGGACUGCCGCCCAGGCUGCCGCCAGCGCCUCAGGCCUUGCCGGCCCGUGCCGGGCACCCGGAGCGCGGCACGAAUGCAGGCGGCGGCGCCGAGCCGCGCAAGCUGAGCCGCACGCCGAAGUGCGCGCGCUGCCGCAACCACGGCGUGGUGUCCUGCCUCAAGGGCCACAAGCGCUUCUGUCGCUGGCGCGACUGCCAGUGCGCCAACUGCCUGCUGGUGGUGGAGCGGCAGCGCGUCAUGGCCGCCCAGGUGGCGCUCCGGAGGCAGCAGGCCACCGAGGACAAGAAGGGGCUUUCUGGGAAACAGAAUAAUUUCGAGCGCAAAGCAGUGUACCAGAGGCAAGUCAGGGCACCCAGUUUGCUGGCCAAAAGCAUUUUAGAAGUUCUCCUUGGAUUAUUCUACAACUGUAACAAUGUGUACAUAAUGAGCCAUCUUUAGAAAAUAAAAGUGACAUCAGCCCUAGGCUAUCGCCCCAUUCCAGCGGACACUUAUAUAGGAGGGACCUUCCCUCUACCUCCCCCAGUUAGUGACAGGAUGAGGAAAAGAAGAGCUUUUGCUGAUAAAGAGUUGGAGAACAUUAUGCUGGAGAGGGAAUAUAAAGAGAGGGAGAUGUUGGAAACUUCCCAAGCUGCUGCCUUGUUCCUGCCCAACCGCAUGGUGCCUGGACCUGAAUAUAGCUCCUACAAAACUGCCUACAGCCCCAGCCCGGUGGAACCACCAAGCGAGGAUUUCUGCAAUUUUUUGCCUACCUGCCUUGAUCUAACCAUGCAGUAUUCAGGGUCUGGGAAUAUGGAACUAAUUUCUUCCAAUGUCAGUGUGGCCACGACUUAUAGACAGUAUCCCUUGUCCUCGAGAUUUUUAGUUUGGCCCAAGUGUGGCCCCAUUAGUGACACCCUCCUCUACCAGCAGUGCCUGCUAAAUGCCACCACUUCUGUUCAAGCCCUGAAGCCUGGGGCCAGCUGGGACUUGAAGGGAGCACGAGUCCAGGAUGUACUCAGUGUAGAGCAUGACAUGAUGCCACCGAAAUUGGAAGGCUCCCUGAUGCUGCCUCACACUCCCGAGGUCCAGACCUGUAGAAGUGACCUUCAGGGUCAUCAGGCUGUCCCUGAGAGGUCUGCAUUCUCCCCACCCCGACGGAAUUUUUCUCCCAUUGUUGACACGGACUCCCUGGCAGCUCAAGGACACGUCUUAACCAAGAUCAGCAAAGAAAACACAAAGCACCCUCUGCCACUUAAACAUAAUCCAUUCCACUCACUAUUCCAGCAAACGCUUAACGAUGCAUCAGCUCCUGAGUUGAAAACAUCAUUUGUCAAAGAUGCCUUUGAAGAGACCUCUAAGAAACACAGAGAGUGUUUAGUCAAAGAAAACCAGAAGUACACAUUUACUAUAGAUAGAUGUGCAAAAGACCUUUUCGUAGCCAAACAAGUUGGAACAAAACUCUCAGUGAGUGAGCCACUGUCAUUUUCUGUUGAGUCUAUUCUUAAGAGGCCUUCGUCAGCCAUCACUCAUGUCUCUCAGUGAAACUGCUUAUACAGAAAGCUGGAUUUUCUGCCAUCUUAGAGGGUUCUUGUCAUUCGCUAUUUUUUUAAAAAAGUCAAGAUGUUUGUAUAAAGAAAUUUCUAAUGUAAAAAAUGAUGAUUUCUAAAAAUUCUAUAUAUUCAUAUGCAUGUACUUUUUCUUAUCACAUAAAUAUAUUUAAACUUAAAGAUGGAAAUUGCCUAAUGUGCAAAUUGUAAAGUUUCAUGCUUUACAUAGCAUUUCAAAAAGCAAUAAAAUCGACAUUGUCACCUAAAAGACCCA